GGGAAGCACGUGUUGGGACAGGCAUUCAGGUGUGACCGCAAUGGAUGUGAUUAUGAGAACACAUCUAAAGACCGAUUCAUUGAACACAUGUCCGGACAUAUCAGUGAUGAGAAGUCAUCGAUCAUUACGUUUCUGAAACCAUCGGACGGACCGCCGUAUGUGUGUGAGUACGGGUGCGGACAGAGUUUCAGUCUUCACACUCUAUUACGAAAGCACCGGCACUCACAUGUCACGGAUGGCAUCUACCGGUGCGAUGGGGACGGGUGUAUAGCUACAUACAACUUAAUGCAUCGACUGAAAGCACACAUUGCUGUUAAACACGGAGCGAAGUACCGGUGCGAUCGCGAAGGCUGUGGGUUCACCACCGGUGUCCUGUCAACGCUGACUAACCAUAAGGCGCAGCACAUAGAGGGACGACAGUUCACUUGUGGGGUCAAGGGUUGUGGAAAGGCAUUCAAAGUGCGCAAAAGUUUGGACAGUCAUAUCCGGGAGAAACACCCGGAACUCGCUGACGAUAAGCCGUGGCUCGAGUGUCAGCACCCGGACUGUCAGUAUCGGACAAAAGUCGAGAGUUGUUUGACUAAACAUGAGGACAGACACACCAAACCCUAUGUGUGCGAUGAGUGCGGACUGACCUUUGGGUUCCCAGAUCUACUGAAACGACACCUGAGAACACACGACAAGUCCACGCGAUUGCAGUGUCAAUGGCCCGGCUGUGACAAGACAUUUGCCACACCAGAGGGUCUUAAAAUACACCUUAAUAUACAUUCAGCGGAGGUUAAGUACAAGUGUGUGUGGCCAGGGUGCGAUAGGGUGUACCUCUAUGAGGCCACUUUAAGGCGGCAUGAGGUCAAGCAUAGGGGCCAGAAGUUGGGUGGAUAUCAGUGCCGUUGGCCUGACUGUGGCUACAAGACUACAAAUCAGGAGAAUUUGAGAACUCAUAUGAAUAAGCACUUGGGAGUGGACAGGCAUUCGCCCGGUGCUGACGACUACAAGUGCUCAUACAUGGGAUGUAUGUUUGCCAGCAAUAAGUCGGCUCGUGUCAAAUGUGGUUCACGUGAUAACCAGAAGAAUGACGAAAGGAUUACAAGAGAUGAGUCCCAAAGAAGUGAUGUCUUGACUGUUAAGGAAGAAGUGGUUUCAGACAACGACACAGAAGUCUGUAUUGAAUCCAACGAUUCAGACGACAGUCAAAGUGGAAGUGCUUUAAAGACACCGAAGAAACGAAAACUUAAAUCCAAUAGAAAUGAGACGAAAGACAAGGAAUCGGAUGAAGAAUACAGUUGUGGUGCGAGUGAUGAAGAAAUUAGUCAUAAUUCAGACAUUCAUUGCAAACCAAGUGUUGAGAGAAAGCGCUUAAAAAGGACUAAAAUUAACGGCAAAUAUGUCUGCGAUUACAACGAUUGCCACAAAUCAUACCCAUAUCUGGGAGGUCUUCAAUACCACCAGAGGUCACAUUCGGGACAAACAUUUUUCUGUGAUUACAACAACUGUUGUCAACACUUCCAGACGUGGGCUGACCUCAAGAAUCAUGAAUUUAGAGGCAAACACGUGUUGGGAAAGGCAUAUAAAUGUGAGCACAACAGCUGUUACUAUAAGACCUCAUCUAAAGACCAAUUCAUUGAACACAUGUCCGGACAUACGAGUGAUGAGAAGCCACGGGAGGGACAGUAUGUCUGCGAACACGUGGGUUGUAAACAGAGGUUCAACAAUCCGGUUAGUCUUAGAAACCACAAACACGUUCACUUAGGUGUCACCUACCGGUGCGAUGUCCCCAACUGUACGUUCAAUACACUGAUCCCGAGUGCAUUGCGUGAUCAUGCGACCCAUCUUCACGGGGAAGACUACCGGUGCGAUCACGAGGGCUGUGCGUUCACUACUGGAAAGAAGUCCAAGUAUUUGAGGCAUCAGUUGAAACACUCAACGGAACGCCGGUUUCAGUGUUUGGUUGGCAAUGAGUGUCAGCUAUCCUUCAAAACUAAACGCCACUUAAGACAACACCAGCUAAGACUACAUCCCGACGCCUUUCCGGACAUACCAUGGAUGGAGUGCUCGCAUACAGACUGUCAGUUCAGGACUAAACUAAAGCUUCAGAUGUUUACCCAUAAGAACACGCAUACAAAGCCCUACCGGUGCGACCAAUGCGGACAUGCAUUCAUGGAUAACCAGAAACUACAGCAACACAUACCGACCCACAACCAGGGGCGUCACAUGCGGUGCCAAUGGCCCGGAUGUGACCAAUGCAUACAAAGCCCUACCGCGACCCACAACAAGGGGCGUCACAUGCGGUGCCAAUGGCCCGGAUGUGACCAAACAUUUGCUCACAAGGGGUUACUGACUCGACACAUGAAAAUACACACGGCUGAAACAGUCUACCGGUGCGAGUGUGAGGGCUGUGACUAUAUUACGCCAUAUAAAGCGAAUUUUGUAGCGCACGUGAAACGGCACACGAGUGGACACGUAUCCGGACAGCCAUUCCGGUGUAGACACAGUGGAUGCGAUUAUACGACCGAAUCAAGUGUUGAGUUCAAGAAUCACACCAUUAAUAGCCACUCGACGGCCACUAAACCGAGGGGACAGUAUGCCUGCGAUAGACAGGGAUGUGAUUAUCGGGCGAAUGAAAAGCGAAACCUUAUUAGACAUCAAAAGCUCAACCAUUCGACGGAACGGCCGUUUCAUUGCUCACUCGAUGGCUGUCACCAAAAGUAUGCCGAAAAAUAUUCGCUGACUUUCCAUCAGUUGACAGCACAUCCCGACGCCUUUCCCGACGUGCCGUGGAUUCAGUGCUCGCAUACGGGCUGUGAGUUUAGGACUAAAGUAAGACGUGUUUUGAAGCGACACGAGUUUACACACACGAAACCAUUCGCAUGUGACCGGUGCUCCCAUACCUUCCCCACUGGUGUUGAUCUCAGAGUACACAUGUUAUCGCACGACCCGUCCCUUAGAGUCCGGUGCCAAUGGCCCGGAUGUGACCAAACGUUUACUACUAAUAAGUGUUCGGUCACUACAUGCCUGUUCGAAACGACAUCCAAAGAGGCACUGGAAGAGCAUAUAUGCAGUCAUUCUUUGGCCGAAGGAACUCCUAAUGCAGUGAAGGCUUCGAGUAGACUGUAUUUCUGUGAUUACGACGAGUGCUGCAAAUAUUACGCAAAUGUUUGGCCGCUCCGGAAACAUAUAAGUAGUGGUAAUCACGUGUUUGGACAGCCUUUCCGAUGUUUGGUCAGGCGGUGUGCGUAUGAGACGACAUCCAAAGAUGCCAUAGAGGAGCACAUGUCGGGACAUGAGAGGGUGCGCCCGAAAACUGUAUACACGAAGACACCGGACGGGAAGUAUGUUUGCGAUUAUGUCGGGUGUGGGAAGCGAUAUAAGGACCACAAAUGUUUUCACGAACACCGGCGCCGACAUGACCCAAACGCCGGCCCCCAUGAGAAUGCGUGCGAGAGCACCGGCUGUUCGUUUAAGACGAAGUGGACGGUUAAACUCGUGGCCCACACGCGCAACACCCAUACCCUGCCAUUUGAGUGCGACGUGUGUGGGAAGGCCUACGGAACCAAAGAGAGGUAUGAGGACCACCAGCGCAGUCACGACCCGGCACUGAGGUUACGGUGCGAGUGGCCCGGCUGUGACCGGGAGUUCAUCGUCUCGGAUGCCCGUAAACAACAUAUGAAUACACAUACGGCUACAGAGAGCUACCGGUGCCAUUGGCCUGGGUGUGAGAAACUGUUUAACCAUAAGCGAGCCUUUGCUACACAUGUGAGGAGGCAUAAGAACCAGUCGACCUACCGGUGCUAUUGGCCUGAAUGGGAGUUUACGACAUACGAGUCGUACAGUUUGAAUGUACACAUCAAGAAACAUAUUGGCAAAGAUGACUACCGGUGCUCUCAUUCGGGCUGUACUUAUGAAACGACAAGUUUUGAUGAAAUGGACGCACAUUUAAAGGGAAAUCAGUUGUAA